GUCCACGAGUGCCCACCAAUGAGACGAGGGCGACCCGCCCACAAACAUUGACAACUGCCCACAAACAAAGGCGACCGCCCACCAACAAAAAUGACUGCCUGAACGGACACAAGCAAUGACGAGCCCAGGGGAGCUCCCCCCUCCAUCACUCCUUACCCCUCCCCCUCUCCCCAUCACUCCCUCCCUCCUCCAUCACUCCCUACCCCUCCAUUCCCUCACUCCCUCUCCCAUUCUCUCACUCCCUCUCCCAUUCCCCCUCUCCCUCUCUCUCACUCCCUCCCACUGCACACCACUCCCCCUCUCCCUCAUUGCAGCACUCCCUCCCCCUCUCUCUUAUUGCCUGGCACCCCUCCCUCAUUGCCUAUAA